AUUUUAAAAUUGUGCAUAUAGGAAUAAACAGAAAAGUUUCUUUGUACAGAUGCCAACAGAGGUGAAGAUUGUUUAGCUGCUAGUGUGGAAAGGAAACUUUCAGGCGAGUAGGAGAAGAUACUAAUGGGAAUCAUAAACUUGAAUGCACUGAUGAAGCCUGGCAUCCUCGUCCAGAGGAAGACAAAGGGAGUGGUGGCCACUGCCUUAGAACACAGAGAGGAUGGGAAGUCAGAGGAGGAGGACAAAAUGAAAGAGAGGCAAGAGCCUGAGGAUGCUGAAGGAACUGGGCAAGAGGCUGACAAUGUGCAGAAAGAGCUUACACCUGCCACUAGAACAACUUCAGUUGUUGAUAGCCAGAAAAGACCAUUAAAAAGAGUGACAUUUUCUAGGGAGGUAAUUGUUAUGGAUCUUGGGAACCAGUACCCCAGACCUCAAAGAUAUACUCAAAAACAUAAAGAGAGAAAAUGAAGCUCCAAAAGUCUGAGAGUGAAAGAAAUGUCACCUGUGACCGACAGUGAAAUGACAGAGGGUACAAAAUCACGUGGAAACAUCAAAAUAAUGGGGAAGUAAGCAAAUACCCUUUUGUAGAAAG